AAGAGUGAUAGCAAUUUCUUGUUUUAGCUAACAUGCGAAUUGUAAAUUCUGUAAUGUAAUAUAUGCUGAAACACUAGCUAGCUAGAAGCCAGAGAGCAAUUGUUAGCAUUGUAUGACUGUACUGACUCAUUUUCAAGGGCGUACUCAGAAUAGGCUUCAUCAUAUUGUUAGCUACCGGUUACCUAGAUACCUAGCUGUUGUUGUUAAAACUCAUAGGAAACCUAAACUUUAUGUUAGAUAUAGCUUAUUAAAAGCGUUUUUAUGUCACCGUUAAUGGUGUCAAAACGAAAACUUAUAUUUUGUACAUUUUGUCAUCAUUGUUGAAAAUGUUAUGGUAAAGGUGUUUUAAAAAACACAAUACAAUAUGGAUAAGUCCACAGCGUUAAACACAGCAGACAAAUGUUACAUCUGCCUGAGUCACUUUGAACAGCAAACUGUGGCCUCUCUGCAGAACUGCCAGCAUGUCUUUUGCCUUGAAUGUAUUCUCCAGUGGUCCCAGACAGCCAACACUUGCCCGGUGGAUCGAAUCAGUUUUGCCUUCAUCCACCAGAGACAGUGUCCUGGAGGGGCCAUUCAAAAGAAGAUCAAAGUGAGGACACAGAAAAAAGAUGCUAAUGAUGAAGAGGAGGCGAGCGAUGCGGUUAUCUGUGAGGAAUGUGGACGGAGUGACCGCAGGCACCGGCUGCUCGUGUGCAUACACUGUGAUUCAGGGUAUCAUAUGGACUGCUUGACACCAUCAUUAAACACAGGUCCUGAAGGUGACUGGAUUUGUCCUGAGUGUGCAGCCAGUCCUCACCAUACAGAGGAGUCAGUGGUGGAGGAGGAGAUCAGCGAUGGAGAAUUAACCGACCUCUUAGCCGAAGUUGAUGAAACUGCAUCUACCAGCAGUCGCCUUCGGCCCUCGACCAUCAAUCGUCCCAGGCGCUCCACUGAACGACGACGCAGCACAAGGGUCCAGAGCAGAACCAGCAGCAAUCCUAAUCCUCGCCCGCAAACCUCUUUGCAUGUACCUAAAUACCUCUUGAAAGCGUCACGGCCUCCAGUCACAACAGCUGAAGCAACUGCGCUUCAUCACAGUGAUACCAGCAGCGCUCCAGCCGAGUUAGAUACACCGAAAAGAAAAAGGGUUUGACUUGAGCUACUGACGCCAACAAGCAGAGAGGAUGCUGCAAGACGGUCAUCACUGCUGGUACAUCUUAGUCGCGCUUGUCAGAAAUGACCACAGGGUGGCAGCAUUGUGUUAGUAGUUACGAACAACCAUAAACCUCAUGUGAAGGAACCUGAACUUUUUUGUUUCUUUUUUAUUGUUUUCUGUCCUGUGUAAAAAAAAAAAAAAAACUGAGGGUGAAUGUUUUCAUUUUUACUUUAUGUAAAAGAUAAGGCUGA